AAAGGACUAUGUAGCGUCUUCACUAACUAAAUAAAUAGUUUCGUCGGACAUUGUUAACUAUUUAACUCCAUCACAUUGCAACUUCGAGUUCUUAAUUCCGAGCAAAACUGGCCACUGGCACACCUCAAGAAGCCGGCAGACACCACUGGUGUCCGUUGUCAUUACUGUUGACGUUAAUAAUUAAUAACGAGUCCCCGAGCUUGCCGCAUCUCCUCUCUUUAUCUUUACAUCGUGUAUCCUCGCCGUUGAUGUCUUUGCUCAAAUGAACUCUGGUGCAGUAAAGCGUGCAACAGUUCGUGCUUGGACGCUGACUGAUAGCUACAGCUUCAUCGCGACUUUCCUACGUCGUCACCACAACACCAAUGCUGAGCACCAACAACAUCAACCUCAGCUUCAGGCGCAAUCUCAGCUCCAGCAGCCCCAGCAGCCGGCCUCGCAGUAUAUCCAACGACGACAGCAGCAUGAUGGAGCCUACGGCAGCACCGGCCGCCACUUUCACGACUACUUCGUAACCCACCUCCCCUCCUCCUCUCUACACCCCGACUCCCGCGCUUCUCGAGGGCCUCACCACAAACUACCCCGGUCAGCUUCGACACCGCACACUGCCAGUAACGCACGAGGCCCAUCCCCGGCCACCGUGCAGCCACCCAUCGGUAUCUCGCGCGAAACAACCGUCGUCCGCAUCCCGCUGCGCAGCGCAAAACACCAUUUCGGCGUCAACGUUGCGCGGGGAACACGCCCCACGAACGAAGAUACAUAUCAAGCCGGAGUGAUUGAUAUACCAGCCUUUGCGCGACGGGCUCCACGGUCGUUGACGAUUGGCGCACGGUCUGCUGCGGCUGCGGCAGCUAGAGGGGCGACUGUUACCGGUGGAAGAGCGGGUAAUGAGAAGGGAGAAGUGGACGACCAGAAUCAAGCAGCGGAGAGUGCGAGUGGGGACCCGCAGGUGUUUUACUUUGGGGUGUUUGACGGACAUGGUGGGAGUGAGUGUAGUGAGUUUCUGAGGGAUUAUUUGCAUGAGUAUGUGCAGGAUGCGGCUGUGGCGUUUGAGAUGCAAUCGAGUUUGAAGCGAGAGGUUGAGAUUGGGAAGAGAGUGCCGGAGAGGGGCCUUCAUAGCUCUGGUGAAAGGAUCAAGGGGGAAUCGGAGGAUCGUGGUAGGGGUUCAAUACACAGCACCAAGGAGAGAGAGUCAUUACAUCUCCAAGGUGACCUGCCGAUUAUCCAGCGGGCUAAUAGGCAGAAAAUCGACGAGCUGGAAAAAGAAUUGGUGCUCAACUGGAGACAUCUAGUAGGGGGCUACUACCGGCGAUUCCGCCCAUCGCAUUUCUACAAUGGUGAGCACCACUCAUCCAGAACCGCUUCUCACCAUACCACAGCAUCCCCACAUGGCGGCGCUACGAUCGAAGAGCUACUUGAAUACGCCUUUCUAAAGGCAGAUUUCGACUUCGUUUCCACCCAAGCUGCCAAGAAAGAUGAAAACGAUCUCGUCCACGCCGAGAAACCCCUCAAUGAAGCCGACAUCCUGCACAGCCCGAGCAGGCCCCGGCACCCUGUCAUUGGCGGACCCCAUCGCUUCAAAGGCGGCAGCACAGCCAGUAUCGCCAUGAUUUCCACCCCUAGCCCAAUGCCAUUCUGGCAUCCGUCAACCCCUUCCUCGCUCAUCGUUUCACACGUCGGCGACACCCGUAUCCUCCUCUGCUCCACCGCAACCGGCCUCGCCAUCCCGCUCACGACAGACCACCACCCAUCCGCUCUGAUCGAAGGUAGGCGACUACGCCGCUACGCAGCAACGUUCGUCACGGACUCUUUCGGCCAGGAGCGCAUGAGCGGGCUUGCCAACACGCGCGCGUUCGGAGACAUGCAAUCCAAGCGCAUCGGGGUCUCUGCGGAACCGGAGCUGCGGCGCGUGGAGAUGGGUCCAGCCGAGUAUUCAUUCUUGGUGCUGAUGACGGACGGGGUGAGCGGGGCGAUGUCUGAUCAAGAGGUGGUGGAUGUGAUCAAGGAGGCGCGGACGCCCGACGAGGGGGCGAGGGAUGUUGUCGGUUUUGCGACGGAGGUGGGAGUCGAUGGGGACAAUGCGACUUGUCUUGUUAUUAGGCUUGGUGGUUGGGAGAGGAGACUUGAAGGGGGAUUGGGGAGUAUGGGAACGAAAGAGGCGAGGGAGUGGAGGAGGCAGGAGGCGACGGAUCCGAGGCAGCGGCGGAGAUAAGGGAUUUUCUUGAAUUGCAUUUGGUUACUAUGGAUGCGUUUUUACUGAAAUAUAGGGAUGGGGGAUCCUCAUGUGUUCUGUGCUUCAUAGUCCCUUUUUAUGUUGGGUCUUUUCGGGCUCCUAAGCGGAUUUCACUUCAAUUUUAUAUAUCUUUUGUAUCAAGACGUCAUGAGGACAACUCUAUAUCCUGGGAUACAGAUAUCUAGCGACUAUAAAAAGUGCGAUAGCCUAUUAAUUUAUAAUAAAAUAUAC